AAGAAGAAAUCAAAUAUUUGAUAAAGGAAAAGCAUGGCUGUAAAAUUGAAUAUUGCAAUUCUAUCAUUAUUACUUCUCUUCAUUUCCAUUCCUAAAGCUAAAUCUACUGUUCUUGAUGUAGUUGCCAACUUUGGCGCAAAGGCUGACGGGAAGACCGACCUGAGCACGCCUUUGCUGAAAGCGUGGAAAGAAGCAUGUGCUUCGACAACUCCAAGCAAAAUCGUUAUUCCCAAAGGGACGUACUUAUUAAGCCGAGCAGCCCUGGAGGGUCCUUGCAAGUCUUCCAUCGAGCUUCAGGUUCAGGGCACCAUAAUGGCUCCGGCCAAUCCGAGCGCUUUCAAUGUUCCGGAGUGGGUAGUCUUCAACCACGUUGAUGGGUUAACAAUGUCUGGCGGUGGUGUUUUUGAUGGCCAGGGAGCGGCUGCUUGGGGCAAGAACAAUUGUGCUCAGAACAAAUAUUGUGCUGCACUUCCCCUUAAUUUAAGGUUCAAUUUUGUCAACAACGCGAUGAUACAAGACAUAACUACCAAAGAUAGCAAACAGUUCCACGUUAAUGUUUUGGGAUGUCAAAACAUUACUUUCCAACGUUUCACUGUCUCUGCCCCUGAAAAUAGUCUAAACACGGAUGGAAUCCAUGUCGGACGAUCAAAUGGAGUCACCAUUCUUAACUCAAACAUUAAAACCGGUGAUGACUGCGUUUCUAUAGGUGAUGGUAGCAAGAAUGUGGUUAUCCAGGGAGUAACCUGUGGACCAGGUCAUGGCAUCAGCAUCGGCAGUCUUGGAAAGUACGAAGGUGAAGAACCAGUAUCUGGAAUUUUUGUUAAAGAUUGCACCAUCAGUAAUACCAUGAAUGGUGUUAGGAUCAAAACUUGGCCAGCAUCUCAUCCUGGCUCGGCAUCAGAUAUGCAUUUUGAGGGUAUUACCAUGAAUAAUGUCGGCAAUCCUAUCCUCGUUGAUCAAGAAUACUGCCCAUGGAAUCAAUGCAAUUUAAAGGUUCCAUCACGUGUUAAACUCAGCAAAAUUAGCUUCAAGAACAUUGGGGGCACUUCUUCUACUCAGGUAGCUGUUAAAAUUGUUUGCAGCAGCGGUUUGCCAUGCGAGGGUGUGGAACUCGCUGAUAUUAACCUUGCCUACAAUGGACCUGAAGGACCUGCAAUAUCCCAAUGUUCCAAUGUGAAUCCCAAACUUUCUGGCAAACAGAACCCAUCUGCCUGUUCCAGCAAACCUAGUGCUUAAUCUCUUUGCCAAAAUAUAAAUAAUUUGGAAGCAUUUAUAGGUUUCCAAACAAAUGAAAUCUUGCU